AUGUCUUUAAAUCAGUGGAGACAAUUCAACUUUUUUGAUAAACAGCAAGUAACAGACUCUAAUGAUCAUGGAAAGACUCCUGCAGUAUUUCAAAAACAUGACCUCUUGGUGUUUACAGCAGGAAGAGGACAAAUAGCAGCAGCAGAUAUCCUUUUAAUAUACUGA